AGCCACUUCGGUUCUGGCCCCUGGUUUGUGUCGCGGCGCGGUGCCAAAGGACCGCGCGGGCUGCGGUGAUGGGAGAAGGUGUCGGGGGCGUCCGGAGGGGGAGCGGAGACUGGUUUGUGUGUGUGUGUGUGUGGAUAGCACGGCCGGGCAAUGCGAUGUCCCAGGUGCCAUGGCCCCCUCUUCUUUUCAGUGCGUCGCCGCGCAGGGCCUCGGCCACAAUGCGCUGACCCUUCUCCUCAUGGCUCCCCCUCUUCGGCGCAGCCCAAGGUGGUUUCGGCAAGGGCAAGCCAGAUGGCAAGGGCAAGAAGGGGAAGAAGGGCAAGAAGGGUGGCAAGAGCCGCGGUCGGCUGCCGCUCUGACGAGCAGGGUGGGGCUGUGAGCAGCCAGGGUCGGUGGGGUGGGCGCCUGGCCCCGGCUGGCCCCUCGGGGUGGCAGACCGACCGCGGGGCGAGAAGGGCGCCGAGGAGAAGGAGUGGGUGCCCUGCACCAAGAUCGGGCGCCUCGUGAAGGAGGGGAAGAUCACGUCCAUCGAAGACAUCUACCUGCAUUCCCUGCCCAUCAAGGAGUACCAGAUCAUCGACCAGUUCUUCGCCCCGGGCACGCUCAAGGACGAGGUGAUGAAGAUCCACCCCGUUCAGAAGAUGUCCUCCGCUGGCCAGACCAACCGCUUCGUCUGCUACGUGCUCGUGGGUGACAACAAUGGCCACAUCGGGCUCGGCUCUAAAUGCUCCAAGGAGGUCGCGACGGCAAUCCGCGGCGGCAUCAUCGCCGCGAAGCUGAGCCUCAUCCCCGUGCGCCGCGGAUACUGGGGCAACAAGAUCGGUUUGCCGCACACGGUGCCGAUGAAGGUCGCGGGCAAGUGCGGCUCUGUGAGGGUCCGGCUUGUGCCAGCGCCGCGCGGGUCCAGCGUCGUCGGAUCCCCCGUGAUGAAGAAGAUGCUGGCCUUCUGCGGCAUCCAGGACUGCUUCACCUGCUCCUGCGGGCACACGAGGACGAAGGGGAACUUCAUAAAAGCGACGUUCGACGCCUUGCGUGCGACCUUCGGCUACCUGACGCCCGACCUUUGGAAGCCGACGCACUUCAUCAAGUCUCCUUUCCAGGAGUGGUCCGACUACCUGGCGCAGUCCAAGGCGGUCGCGUACUGAGGGCAGAGCACACACAGCGGCCGCGCGGCGAUGACCAGAGACACCGACAGGGCACGGUCGUUGCGAGAGCCCCGCUCCCGAGCAAAGGCAGGGG